AUGUUCCCACGUCGGGUGUUGAAGCCCUAUCUGGCAGAGUUUCUUGGCACGGCCUUGCUGAUCGUCCUCGGAGAUGGCGUCGUUGCCCAGUGCCUGCUUUCGGACUACCAGUAUGGUACCUGGCUGUCUAUCAACGUCGCCUGGGCUGCUGCCGUCUCCCUCUCCGGUUACAUGUCUGACCCCGGUCCGACUAUUAACCCAGCUGUGACUAUCUGCACAGCUCUGGUGCGCCCAUCUUCUGGACAGUGGAAGACCAUCCCUGGCAAACUAGCUGCACAGUUCUUGGGUGGAUUCGUUGGUGCUGCCAUCGUGUAUAUCAACUACCGGUCGGCCAUCAAGGCGUGGGAUCCUGAAUACACCAUUCCAUGGGGUUCGAUCCUGAGCCCAUCCGGCCAUCAUUCAGCGGGCAUCUUCUCAACCUAUCCAUCAGCCUUUUUCGAGUCAAAUUGGGAGGCUGUGUUUGCUGAGGUUCUGGGCUCAGCCGUGUUGAUGUUUGGCUGUCUCAGCAUCUCUGAUCCGGCAAAUGCCCAGAGGUUCCCCGCCCCUCAGCUCUCGAUGUUCCUGCUCCUGCUUAGCAUCGGAGCGGCAUUGGGCUGGCAGACCGGCUAUGCUCUUAACCCCGCCAGAGACUUUGGGCCGAGAUUGUUCUCUGCCAUCAUUUAUGGACGUGAGGUGUUUACGGCGGCUGGAUAUUAUUUCAUUGUUCCCCUCUUUGCCCCUGUUGUCGGCUGUUUGAUAGGCGCCAUGACUUACGACGGAAUGCUUUAUGAAGGAGAGGGAUCCCGCGUCACCGAUGCAUUGGAUAAGGUCGAGGAGCAUGGCUCCCUCCGACUGCAGUGA